AUGUCAUUCAUAGUGACCAUUGGGUCCUUGGUUACCUGACCAUGGCCCUUCGUCCUGGAUUACCCAGUUUGGCUGAGCGGCAACAAGACUGUUGGUUGUUCCAAACUUUUCCAUUUGACAAUGAUUGAGGCUACAGUGCUUUUGGACACUUUCAUAUCCUUCCCCAGAUCUGUGUCUUCACACAACCUUGUCUCUCAGGCUACCGGAGCUGAUCAAGUUGUUGGUAUGGGCCUUGUUGGCUUUAGUUUGCUGCUUUUUACCUACUACACAAUUUGGGUCAUUAUUUUGCCCUUUGUUGACAGUGACCACAUGAUCCACAAAUAUUUCCUGCCACGGGAAUAUUCUGUCAUUCUUCCUGGAGUAGCAGCAUUAAUUCUGGUCCUCUGUGUUGGAACCUUCAUAGCAGUGGUGACAUGGAGAAACCGCAAACCCAAAAAGGUGGACUAAAGGAUCCCAAAGAGUGAUCUGUGUCCUCCACAACACAUCAAACUCCCAUCAAAAAGGGCACCUACAUGCAGCAGACCCAGCAUAAUGGACCUCAAACACCAGAGCUCGCAGAUGAAAAUGGAUUCCAAAUAUCUCAGACUUUUUGUGCUCAGGUGGACUGCUUGAAAUGGCCAAAGACUGGUGAUAGAAAAGACUUGAACAUAGAACGGUUAGCACUUCUACGAUCUUAUGUACCCUCAAAUCACCUUCUGUUCACUCGAAUCUCUGGCCUAAAUGCACUUGAGUCCAUGCAAUGUGAAAAUGGGCAGUUAGUGUGUUUAUGCAUAGAUUUACAGUGAUUGGUAAAUGUGCUUUUAUGGUCAGAGUAAGACUAAUAUCAAAAAGGCCUAGUGAAUGCACUGAAUAAUGUUGAGAAUGUCCAGUCAAGUUUUGGCUUGAUUUGUAAAUGGGUUGAAGUGGGGACUGAUUUGUAAUAUAACUGUUACAUCAUGCUAAGUGAAUACUGAGGAUCAGGACAAGAGGGAAAGAAAACCAUACUGGGUUAUUUUUAAGCUCUCGUAAUGUAGAGAAAAUGAAUAGAGCAUAUUUUCCACAGCCCUGUGAAUUGUAAUAAUAAAGUUGUCAAACAUUUAAACAGUC